GAGAGACUUGAGACUUGCUUUCUCCCUCUCCCUCCUCUUUCUCUCUCCCACUCAAACCACAGCACUCAUCUACUCAUUCUCUGCUGUUGCUGCUCUUUCAUCUUCUGCCAUCACCAAAAACAUCAACUUUCCGCAUCUCAGAUCAUAAAAGUAAAACCCACCAGAGAGAAGCAGAGCCUCAAGAUAAGGGGAGUUGGGUUUUCUCCCGAUGGGUAUCGCUGACGCAGCGGCCAAGCACGGCGGAGGAGGCCUGCCCAUUGUCACGGACCUCAAGACCCUACUUUCCCUUGUGAGGACCAAGCGCUCUCUGGCUUUCGCCUAUGGCUUCAUGUUUGCUUUCGUUGUCUUCACCGUCUUCCUGGCUUUUAACCCUUCUCCCAGCUCUUCCUCCCCUUGGUUCUUCUCCAACAUCUUCACCGCUCCUCCUCCCGGCGCCGUCACCGCCAGAGAUAGUUCCGCUGGAUCUCAAUUCCCUUCUAUUUUCUCUUAUCUGUUCCCCAACUCCUCCGAUACUGCUCCACAGAUGGAAGACGACGGCGGAUUCCGGACGGUGAACGCCUCCUCCUCCUCCGCCGCUGUCAGAUCUAACUCCAGUUCUUCGCAAUUUCAAAAUGGGGAUGUGAAAUGGCCGCCUACUGUGAAUAACCAGACCCAAACUAGUACAGAGCAUUCUUUUGUUCCGCCGCCGGUAGAAACCCAGUCCAGAAACGCUUCGUUUGUCGUCGAACAACCUCCUGCUCCACAUAGUAAGAAUCAAACUGUAGAGAAUUCCGCUAAAGUUCCCAGCUUUAAGCCAACCGCAGUAGAUGCGGGGAAUCGGAGUAAGAGUGCUGUUACUCUCGCUGCCAAUAAUGGAAAUUCUGGCCACUCCCAAGGUAUGGAUGUAGUUACCAAGCAGAAAUCCCCGUCGGUGGUCGUAAAUCAGACUGCUAUGAGUUCCAACUCCGAUGGAAAGGGUACAGGAGAUAAGAAUUCUGCUUCGAAUCAUACGGAUAAGAAACAGAGCAGCGUCGGCGGGUCAAAACAGGGGAAUGAGAGGAAAGCAGGGGCGUCGGUGAAACAGGGGAUGGAGGCUGUGGUGGAGGGUUUGGAAGGGUGUGAUCUCUUUGAUGGGGAAUGGGUCAUGGAUAAUUCAUACCCGCUUUACAAACCCGGUUCCUGUUCACUGAUCGACGAGCAAUUCAAUUGCAUUCUCAACGGAAGACCUGAUAAGGACUACCAGAAGUACAAAUGGAAGCCCCACGGCUGCACUUUGCCCAGGUUCAAUCCUGGGCAUAUGUUGGAUAUGUUGAGGGGAAAGCGGCUUGCGUUUGUCGGAGAUUCAUUGAACAGGAACAUGUGGGAAUCCAUGGUUUGUAUGUUGAAAAGUGCCGUGAAAGAUCAAAGCAAGGUUUAUGAAGCCAAUGGGAGGCAACAUUUCAGGGGAGAAGCUGCUUAUUCCUUCAUAUUCAAAGAUUACGGUUGCACAGUUGAGUUCUUUGUUACUCCAUUCCUAGUACAAGAAUGGGAAACCACUAACAAGAAAGGAUCAGCGAAGGAGACACUCCGGCUCGAUUUGAUAGGGAAGUCCUCUGAUCAGUACAAAACUGCAGAUUUCAUUGUGUUCAAUACCGGUCAUUGGUGGACUCAUGAGAAAACAUCCCUAGGGAAGGAUUAUUACCAAGAAGGUAGUCAUGUGUACCCGACCCUUAACGUUCUCGAAGCAUUCCGAAAAGCUUUGACGACAUGGGGAAGAUGGAUCGAUGCCAAUGUCAAUCCAAGGAAGAGUUUGGUCUUCUUCCGAGGAUAUUCCGCUUCUCAUUUCAGUGGCGGGCAGUGGAACUCUGGAGGGGCGUGUGACAACGAAAUCGAACCCAUCAAGAACUCGACCUACUUGACUGAGUACCCGGACAAGAUGAAGGUGCUGGAAAAGGUACUGAGAGGGAUGAAAACCUCGGUGAAGUACCUUAACGUGACUCGAAUGACCGAUUACAGGAAAGACGGUCAUCCGUCGAUCUACAGGAAGCGGAAGAUCAGUGAGGAGGAGAGGAAAUCGCCGAUGCUGUACCAGGACUGCAGCCAUUGGUGCCUCCCGGGGGUGCCGGAUGCAUGGAAUGAGGUCCUUUAUGCUCAGCUUUUGGUGAAUGAGUACAGGAAGCAUCCUGCUCUGAAGAAGCAUAGGUGAAGUGAAGAGGAAGAGGGAUGAUCUAAUUUUGAAUUCCACCCUUUUGUAUAUGCAGACCACUAUAGUUGUUUAUUCUUUUCCCUUUGUUUGUGGUCAUAAUUUUUGGGUUCCAUAGAAGGAGAAGCUAAAGAAGGUAAAAGUUAAAAUGGCAUCACAGAAGGAUGUUGCCAAAAGUUUGGGUAUAAAAUUGGGAGGGUAAAGAAUAUAUGUUAUUAGGAGUAACUUGUAAGUAUUUAUGGAGUGGAGAAAGAUUUCUGAUUUGAUUUGUUUUGCUGUUUAAACAGAUUUCCUCUAAUCCUAAAACAAAUCUUAGAGAGGC